AUGAUCGUCGCUGCCACAGGCGCCACGGCCUCAAUCGUGCCGGGUGCCAUGGACGGCUACGAGAGGAUCCACAAGGAAUUGGGCGUUCUCGAGUGGUACCGGCUUUUCGACCCGGCCAUCCGCCUGGCCAGGGAGGGCUUCGCCAUUGGGCCCCACCUGGGACGCACGUUGGAGAGACACAGCGCCAACAUCAAAGCCAACGCCGACCUUAAGACGCGAUUCUGGAACACAGCGACCAACACCGUGCUGAAGGACGGGGACCAACUGGUGCAAGGCGCACUGGGGGACACUCUGAGCGACCUGGCGAUCCACGGCGCCCAGUAUCUGUACGAGGGAGAGCUGUCCAAAGACAUAAUCGAGAGCGUCAAGGAUGGCGGUGGAACGAUGAGCGCGGAUGACUUGUCCGGUUACUCGUCCAAGUGGAUGGACACCGUCAGAGUGGACCUCCCCAACGGCCGGGUGUUCCACUCGGCGCCCAUCCCAGGCAGUGGAACCCUGCUGGGUGCAGCCGUGGCACAGAUAUCUCUCGACUACGCCAUCUUCUUGGAUCCAGAGUCUUCCAGCGUGUUGCAGAUGUCCGGCGGGGACCUACACAGGUAA